GAACGACGCCGUGAAGCAAACAAACAAGAAACAGCUUGACGACGGCCGCCGCAGAGCUUCGAGAGGGACAGCCGCAGACACCGACAGCUACCACCAGACCGUGUCUUUCGCGUUUCAAGCUCGCCGUCUCGAUUCCGCCCUUUGGCCAUGGCCGACCGCUACUCGUUCUCGCUGACCACCUUCUCCCCCAGGUACUGUUUCUCUCCACUGCGCCGUGAUGCUGCGGGAUGCGAGCUUGAAAGCUGACCUUUGACACAGCGGGAAACUAGUUCAGAUCGGUAUGGCAGCUGAGCCGCGGCCGGCAGGGCCCAGUAUCAAGCUAACUUGGGUGUAGAAUAUGCUCUAAACGCUGUCAACCAGGGUGUAACGGCCCUUGGGAUCAAAGGUUAGGGCGAGCCACCAGGUAACCCUUCUCAUGUCGACCGGUUACUGAUGCUGUCGCCUCCCAUAGCUACAAAUGGAGUAGUCCUAGCUACAGAGAAGAAGUCUACGAGCCCUCUUGUCGAUCCCCCCUCGCUCUCCAAAGUCUCCCUGAUCACCCCGGAUAUAGGCAUGGUCUACUCUGGAAUGGGCCCGGACUACCGCGUGCUCGUCGACAAGGCCCGCAAGACCUCCCACACAAACUACAAGCGCAUCUACAACGAAUAUCCUCCCACCAGAAUACUUGUACAAGACGUUGCUCGAGUGGUACAGGAAGCUACCCAGUCUGGUGGUGUCCGGCCGUACGGCGUGAGCUUGCUCAUUGCUGGCUGGGAUGACGGUAUCGAGCCAGAGACCACGGAAGCCAAGGAGGGAGAGACAGAUGCUGAGAAGAAGAAGGCUUCCGGCAAGACAGGAGGUAUCUUGAAGGGAGGGCCGAGCUUGUACCAGGUCGACCCCAGUGGAAGUUAUUUCCCAUGGAAGGCCACGGCCAUUGGGAAGAGCUCCACAAGUGCAAAGACCUUCCUUGAGAAGAGAUACACUGAAGGUCUAGAGUUGGAGGACGCCGUACACAUCGCUCUCCUGACCCUCAAGGAGACGAUCGAAGGUGAAAUGAACGGUGAUACCAUUGAAAUUGGUAUUGUCGGUCCUCCAGCACACCAUCUGCUCGGAUAUGAAGGCGUUGAGGGAGCCCGAGGCCCUCGGUUCAGAAAGCUCAGCAAGGAGGAGAUCGAAGACUACUUGACCAACCUAUGAUAGACUACAAUUUUACCAUAAUAUCAGUAAUGAAAGCUCCUGAGCCAUGGUGACACUCUUAUGCCCUGUUACCCCCGUCCUAGUUUCUUUCAGAUGUUUAUGCAUGCAACGCGGGGUUUCUUCGCGCUCAUGCAUGUUAAAAAAAGCGCCGGAGAAUUCCAUUUAGCGUCCAGUAUUUGAUAAAAGACCAUCCAUCUUCGUAGGCGAGUCUCUUCUUCUUCAUCGCACCGUCGCUGUGGUUUUCCAUCCUGGUGUUUCUUCCUCUCUUCCUCCUCUCCAGCUAACGAACUUACCAACCAACUGCAAUGCCCAUCAAGACCCACCAAGAACAUCUUUCAACUACAACCGCCGCAACCAAAAGACGUCGACAACAACGCUGCAUGGCCACCGCGAAGCCAGAACUUCCUGGCCA